AUGGCAGCUCCAAUAUACAUCGACCCGGCUAUCCAGCGAUUCUUGAACGACAAGCUCUACGAUAAGAGGAAACAAGGUGCUUUAGAACUCGAACGAGUCAUUAGAGAAGCUGUGAUAAAUGGAGACCCAGCUCGAAUACGAGGCAUAAUUGACCAGCUUUGCCGCGACUACGCCUAUGCCGUCCACCAGCCUCAUGCGAGAAAUGGAGGGUUGAUAGGACUGGCUGCUGCAGCUAUUGCUUUGGGAUCAGAAGAAGUCGCACCAUACCUUACAGCCAUUGUGCCGCCCGUGCUCGCGUGCUUUACCUGCCAGGAUGCAAGGGUUCGGUACUAUGCUUGCGAGAGUAUGUAUAACAUAGCCAAGGUGGCAAAAGGAGAGAUACUGCUAUACUUUAAUGACGUUUUUGAUGCCUUAUGCAAGUUAGCUUCGGACUCUGAGCUAUCUGUUAAGAAUGGCGCUGAGCUUCUUGACCGCUUGGUAAAGGACAUUGUAGCCGACUCCGCCGCGUCCUAUGUUUCGGUCUUGGAAGCUUCCAAAGAGGGAACCGAUGCCGAUGGAAACGAAAAUGGACUAGUAGAAUCGCCAACGGCAUUUUCUCUGGCGAGAUUCAUUCCUCUUCUCAAAGAGCGUAUCCAUGUUAUCAGCCCUUUUACACGCAAUUUUCUGGUAUCUUGGCUAACCCUCUUGGAUACGAUACCUGAUCUGGAGCUGGUUACAUAUCUACCAGCAUUCCUUGCAGGCCUUUUCAAGUUUCUUAGCGACCCCAAUAGAGACGUCCAUACAGCUACUCAGAGUCUUCUUGAGAGAUUUUUGGGAGAAAUCCAGAAGAUUGCGCAGAUAAAAAAAGACAUUGCUGAGAGCCGCGGCGACCGAGGUGCGAGGAAAUCAGGAGAUUCAGUAUUGAGUGAUAGCACAAGUAUGAGUUCUGAUCGAACCGGUGGUAAUGAAAAUAGCGACAAUGCUAUUGCAGAUUCGGUGUCUGGAACCGUUAAUGACGACCAAACUAUUAAUGUAUACGGUGAUUGGAUUCCUGGACAAGAUAUACAUGUCGACCACCCUCAAAUCUUAGAGAUUUUAGUUGGUUUUGUUGACACUGCAUUUGGCAUACAUGAGGAAAUCCAAUUAACGGCGUUACGGUGGAUUGAUAGCUUCUUUGAAAUAAGCCCAGAAGAUAUUCUUCGAUUUGUCCCUCGUCUUCUCUCCCAGGUUCUUCCUGCGCUAUCUAGUGGGUCAGAACAGGUAUGCCAGGCUGCAGGCCGGGUAAACAAUUCCCUGAUGCAAUAUAUCGUUUCCUUGCCUGAAGAUGCCGCAAAUGAUUUUCGCUCGACACCGCCUCAAAGAACAUCCACCAUAAAUUCCAAAGAUAUGAAUGAGCGGAUGGGCACUGGAAGAACGCCAACUCCAGUUUCUGCCUUGCCAUCUCGUCCUCAAUCAACUGAUAUAUUACCCAAAGAUAGCGAAACGCUGCCUGAUCCGACACCAUCACCCGAUCUGGACUAUGCUGCGGCGGUCAAUUCGCUUACUCUCCAAUUUCUUAACGAAAAUGAAGCAACACGAGUGGCAGCCCUUACAUGGCUCAUAAUGCUACAUAGAAAAGCUCCUCGUAAGGUUUUGGCCUUUCAUGAUGGGACAUUUCCAGCUUUGCUCAAGACCCUUUCUGAUCCUGCCGAGGCGGUGGUGACGCGUGAUCUUCAAUUGCUCUCUCAGAUUUCGCGAAAUAGCGAAGAUAGCUAUUUCACAUCCUUUAUGGUGAAUCUACUACAGCUAUUCUCCACGGAUAGAAAACUUCUCGAGGUUCGAGGCAAUCUUAUCAUCAGACAAUUAUGUAUGAACCUUAGCCCGGAUCGGAUUUACAGAACUUUAGCAGACUGCCUUGAAAAAGAGGAGGAUAUUGAAUUUGCUAGUAUUAUGGUUCAGAACCUCAACAAUAACCUCAUCACAGCUCCUGAAUUGGCUGAUCUUAGGAAACGAUUAAGAAACUUGGAAAGCAAGGAGGGACAAACUCUUUUCAUGGUCCUGUUUCGAUCAUGGUGCCACAAUGCCGUCUCGACAUUUUCAUUGUGCUUAUUAGCUCAGGCAUAUGAACAAGCUUACCACCUGCUUCAAGCCUUCGCCGAGUUAGAAAUGACGGUGAAUAUGCUUAUUCAAAUCGAUAAACUGGUGCAACUGCUAGAGUCGCCAGUAUUCACGUAUCUUCGACUCCAACUUUUGGAACCAGAGAGGUAUCCGUAUCUCUACAAAUGUCUUUAUGGGGUUCUUAUGCUCCUUCCCCAAAGCUCAGCUUUUGCAGCCUUGAAAAAUCGACUCAAUAGCGUGAGCAAUAUUGGCCUACUAAAUCCUCCCAAGACUACCGGAAUUGGUGGCCCUCCAUCAACAGUGGGUUAUGAGCGCCCUACAGGGCGGCUAAAAAGAGAGGACAGCGUAAUCCGCUGGGUCGAUUUACUAGAUAAAUUCAAAGUGGUGCAAGAAAGAUCCAGGAGAUCACGGGGAUUAGCUCAGCGGGAGUUUGAGCCAGAUAAGUAUUCAUCGAUACCCGCGGGGCUCAUGUCUGCUACUCUGGUAGAUUCAAAUAAUGGAAAAGAAAAAACACCACCUGAAGCGUCUGGUGGUGGUACGUCAGGCAAUGCCAGUCUUCCGGCGGGCUCUGGAAAUCGUUCGGGCGCUGGAAGUGAAGCAGUACCCCCGCCCAAGCCAGCGGCACACAAGGCAAAAUCGUCUCUUGGAAAUUUUGGUCGCCUCAGUGGAAUUGGACAAAGGAAACUGAAAAAAUGA